AUGACGAACCAGAGCUUUCGGGAUGCCAACCUCACUGAGCGGAGUGCUUUCACCUGGGGGGCAGUGACGGUCUUGGGAGGGAUCGUCCUCGCUAUGUUGGUGGACUGGAUUGGCACCAAGAUCUUCCACAGACAUGUCGGCGAGACGGAUGUUGUGAUCACUGACGCGCCUGAGCCGGAAGCGAAGGAUGGGGUCACCGACAAACCCCUCAGCGCCUCUGAGCGGUUGAAUAUGCUGCAGAUGGCCGCGUACUCAGGGAUUGCCGUCGCUUUGCACAACUUCCCCGAAGGCAUCGCCACCUUCAUUUCGACCAUGGCCGAUCCCAGCUUCGGGCCCGCCAUGGCCUUCGCCAUCGCCAUGCAUAAUAUCCCCGAAGGCCUGGCCGUGGCAGCGCCCAUCAAAAAGGCUACCGGCUCCCAGUGCAAAGCGUUUUUCUGGGCCUUCGUGUCUGGGCUCUCCGAGCCCCUGGGUGGGCUCUUAGGCUGGCUGGUCCUCAAGGACGUGCUCGGACCCGCAACCUACGGAAUCUUCUACGGCCUAACCGCAGGCAUCAUGAUCCACAUCUCCUUCAAGAAGCUGCUGCCGACCGCCCUGAAGUACGACCCGAAGAAUCGUUACACGUCGUACUCCUUCUUUGCCGGCAUGGCCGUGAUGGCAAUCUCCUUGAUCGCCUUUAAGUGGGCUUGA